UUUUCAUGCCCUAUUUAUGUGAAUCUUUAUGCCCUAUUUUAUUAGUUGUGAGCAUUUUCUCCCUGGUCAUUCACCAGGUUUCACAUAAAUAAGUCGAAGUCAUUCGUGUGGUAAUUUCAUCCAUUUCUUGUGGAAUAUUCUAUAGAUACUGUAUGCUUUUCUAUAGUGAUUUUUGCGAUGAGUCGCCAUCUCACUUGUUGGAAGAUGCGAAGUUUCGUAUAUGCCAUCAUUGAACUGUUUCCAUCUUCUCUUUUUAUUCAUAUUUUUUGUUUUGAAAAGCUGGAUUAACUCAGGGUCAGGAUGAGACACGGUUCAAGAAGAGACAAGUGCGGUCAUCCAAGGUCACAUAGUCCUUUUGUUUCAUCGCGUACCUCUUCUUUUCGCUGCUGACUUUUUUUUAUAUUCCGUGCUCUCAGUUCCCUUCGGUUUGUCUGUGUGUGUGCAGUUUCUUCUGGCUAAAUGCUUAUUUUGCAUAAGCGCAAGAAACAAUUCGAAUAAGUGACACUCAUUCAUUAUAUUAAAUGUGUCAUUUAAUUUGUAUCGUGCGACUCUGAGAUGAACGAAAUUUGCUACACAAAAAAAUAAGAGGGGUUUUCUGAAAGCUAUUUAAUAAUUUUACGCUCGGAAAAGUGCAUCAAAUGUAUUGGCUCAUCGUCAUAUAGUUCUUCCAUCAGGGCUGUUUCCAAUUUGAAAUCACGAGAUCCAGUUUUUUUCUGAAGGUUUUAUGAAUGCAGCAUAUGAGCAAGUAUACAUGAAAAUGUUGACUUGUGAGCUUUCUGCAUUCCUUAAUUGACCUUAUUUUGAUAAAGUUGAAUUAAGUUAAGUUUUCCAUGUUUCCGAAUCUAUUCCGGGAAUGUGGAACUUUAUUCCAGCAGUUAGACCGAAAGUUGUGAAUCGAGUGCUUAUAAUCAGCACAUUCGUAUGUCGAUUAUCGUCGAAGCUUUGAUAUAUGAAAAAUUAAAGCCAGCUCAUAAUUUAUCGCUGAACCAUUUUAUGGUGAUGCCAUUACGGUGUCAAACAUGUUUUUUUUGUCACGGAAAACAUUUUUAAAGCUUGGAUACAAAAUACCCAGAAUGUGUUCGGAAAUUGCAAGACGCGCAUGGUGAAAAAAUAAAAAAAGGCUCAGGAAUAAUUGCUGAUAGAAGAAGAAAAAUAGAACAGAGAAAUGUUGAGCGAGAUUGAUCACUAAUCGAUAGAGAAUACGACCCAAAACCGAAUCAGGUUGUCUUCUUUUGUUUUUAAAUGCUCAGAAGUGUACAGCACCAGGAAAAUUAAAAUGUCAGUGGAACGUGUAAAUUUGGCUGCCAGCAGUGAUAUCUAUGCAAUAAAGCAAUAAAUCUUCGGAAUGAUGCAACAAAUAAGGAGAAUCUAACAUGCUACUGUAUAUCUCGACACAUCUCUGUCCAAGAGAGCUUUUCACGGCUUGAUGUUUAUUAUUUAUUCUUCGGGAAAAAAAAAUUAAUUGUCACUGGAAAACUUAUGAAUUCGAAUUUGUGCACGAUGCAGUUCUUUUCACUCUCAAAGUGUUGAUUGUAGUUGAAAUUUUGUUUUCUUUUCUUGCUUUUGUGGAAGGUGCUCACAAAUCAGUGGAAUGGGAGACAAAAAUCCAUUUGUGGACGAUCAGUUCUUGCACGAAUUGACAAUUUUCCCGGAUGAAAACUUGCCGCAAGCAAUUCGUCGUUAUUCCAUCGAACAGGAUGAAACUUUACCGUUUGGCUUUUACUAUUCAGUGUUCCCUUACAUGGUCCCAGUACUACGGAAUGGAGACGUGUUUGGAGUUAAAAACUCGUUGCUUUCGCUGUUCACUCUCAAAUUUCGACAGUUCAACAGCUUCAAGAGACCAUUUUUCAAAAGGGUUCUCGCCUACGUUUUCACGCUCUUGUCGAAGGAACUCGCCGCAGGCAACGCUUUGUUCAAGCUUCCUUUGAAUUUGGACGUUGGAGCUCCUGGCUUCAAAUUGGAUUUGCCGAAAACGGACACCAGACCAGGAUUUUCAUUGGAUGUACCUGCGACUACGAUCAAGUAUGCAGUUGAUAUUGAUGGUCCGAAACCAUUUGCUCCAUUACAAAUCCUCGUAGAAUCAAUCGUCGACGAACUGAAGGUUCCCGGCACAAUCGGGUCAAACAAAGGUUCCCCAAUUUUCAACAAAUUACCACCGAUUCUCCCGAAGGCAGCUGAUGCAUCAGCCAGAAUCAGUGAGGACAGUCCACUAAUCCCACCAGAAAAGCCGGAUUUGAAUAAAAAAUCUUCUAAAUAUCCGAGGUCGAAGAGCUCAACCAAAAAGGAAAUGAAUUCAGAGCAGGAAAAAUUGAAACAUAAACUGGACUUGUUCAAGUCGGAGCUGCAGCCGGGAUCGGGAGAAGAAAAGCUGAAAAGGAAGCUAAUGCUGAUGAAGUCAGAACUGGAAAAGAAAAAGGCGGGAGAGAAAAAAGUCGACGGAUUCCUCGUCGUUUUCUCCCUGGUCAUUGCACACGGGGCUUGUGCGUAUUUCUAUCCUUACUUGCGAUCAAUGUGGGAUGCUUCAUUGAGGACAUUGAUGCCUAUGGAGAGUCUGAAAGCAUCUUUAAUCGAGCUCUGAACCAGCAGACAAGAGCUCAUUAUUCCUGGCUUGAACAACUGGUCAACAACAAAACAAGAAGAAAGAAGAAAAAUACGCAUGGUGUGGCUUUGGAAGGAAUUCUUUCAAUGAUUUUGUUCGGCAGAAUUGGACAUGCCUUCAAAAAUUAAGGACAAUAACUCUGAUGACGGAGUCAACAGACGAGAUUGAUUGAAGACGAUGUGAUGCCUUCAAGGGAUCCUUGUUUUGAUUUUCCAGGAAUGCAAGAGAGAUCAUACCGAGAACAUUUGGUUGCUGUCAAUUAUUUCAACCUUGAAUAUUUUUUCAAGCCUUACAAAAAGCCACGCAUAUAGUCACAGUGUGUGACAAUUUCCGAGCGUGAAAAUCCUCAUCAAUUUUUUAAAUUUUAUUUGAGGAUCAUCAUGUGUAUAAAAAGAGGGCCACAAACCGAAAUGGAUUGAAAUGAAAUA